AUGUAUUCACUCCGUCCAAUCCUUCUGUUCCUGUUCCUUUUGCUCGCCGCGAAGAGCCUUGCACACAAGGUUAUCCUCGUCUCCCUAGAUGGUUUCAGAUGGGACUACAUCGACGUAGCUAAGAAUGCCGGCAGGAAUGUGAGUGCUUUCGAAGAGAUCGCAGCUGCCGGUUUUCGGGCUGAAGUUAAGAAUGUCUUUCCAACCGUCACCUUCUCGACUCACUUCUCCAUCGCGACUGGGCGUUAUGUCGAAAAUCACGGUCUUUAUAAUAACCAAUUUUGGGAUCCUCAAAUAAAACGUCAAUUCAGCGUACGAGUACCUGCAGAUUCGAUUGAUCCUGUCUUCCUAAAUUUCAACAAGAAUGAACCGAUCUGGAUCACAAACCAACGCCAUGGCAAGCGGAGUUGCAUAUUCUACUGGCCGGGUAGUAACAAUGCUUACGCCGGCAAAUAUCCCUUUGCGACUUUCGGCCUGUACAGUGAUUAUCCAUCGUUUGAAUAUCGCGUUGAACGUGUGAUGGACUGGAUAACUCGCGACGAAUUCAACUUUUGUGUCUUCUACUUCAAUGAGCCCGACCACACUGGCCAUCGUUAUGGUCCAGACUCGAAAGAAAUUCUUGAUGCCAUUGAACACGUCAACAACGGGAUCAGCUAUCUAUUAAAGCGCAUCCAGGACAACCCGAAGCUCAACGGGAAAGUGAAUCUGAUCGUGACAGCGGACCAUGGAAUGGCACAAAUACCUCCCGAAAAUAGAAUCAACCUUUAUGAGGCCGUCACCAUUGACAAAUAUUUUGGAAAUUUGUCUCCCGGAUUGGUAGGACUUUGGCCUAACGAGCGUAAGACUUCAAAGUAAUGCAUAACAAGUUUGAAUAUUUUUAAGAAACAGAUGUCACAAAACACUGACCGUACGAUCUUGUCCAAGAUAUAUAUAUAUAUAUAUAUAUAUAUAUAUAUAUAUCAAGAAUUGUUAUUCAGAGCCUGUUCUGAUCCUACCAAUAAUGCCACUACUGUAGGAUUUAUAACAAAACCGUGCAGCAACUCGUACCAUUUUGUUUAACUGAAAGACUUUGCUCCGCAAAUUUCUCUGGGAUUAUUUCGAAAUACCUUAAUAUGGUUACGUAUCGUGUUUCUUUUCAUUUAAGCGCACAACGCAAAGCAAAUUUACAACGAAAUUGUCUCUAAACGAUUAAAGAACUGCUCAGUCUGGCUGAAAGAGGACUUGCCAGAACGUUUUCACCUUAAAGGCAGCUACAGAAUGCCACCAGUCUUCGUUUUGGGGGACGUUGGCUUUUUGAUCAACCGGGAAGAAAAACAAUAUGAUACCGAGAAGGGUAAGUUUUUUUGAGGUGCAGAGUCCCCAGUUCGUUGAGUCUUUCCCCUUGAAGGAAUAGAAGACGCCACCUAAGGUUCGCGAGUCGUUCUGUGCCUGAUAGGGGCUCUCAACAAAUGGGCAUGUGAAAAGUACAAUAUAAAUGAACAAAACACGUUCAGAUCGUCUGCAAGCCAACGCAUGUCAGAUAGGGAGUAUGCUUCUGGUCCGCUAUGUCAUCCGGCUGUUCCCCAGCACUCUCGACAUUCUUUCUUCAGAUCUGACAUGUAAAUUCAAAGUUCGGAACGUAAGUAAAUAGAUUACAGUCUGUUCCUUCUAAAUACAUUGCAGACAACAUGACAGUUCGACCAUCGCAUCCGACGAUGCUCACCGUGUGCUCCACAGCAUGGUGGGAGCAGGCGCAGUGACUUGUGCGCGAUUUAUUUUGCAGUGAAUGCAGACUUGCACAGCAUCUACCGCACUCUCCUCUCCUUCCCCCACCUGGGCUCGGUGUCAAGACAUGGUCAAGAAAACCGGAAGUGGUUGGGGCGCAGGUGGAUGGCUUGGACGGAUCCGCACCUUGGUGCUCCAUUUCACACCCCCUAGUCCACAGAGCAGAUGAUGAGGAUUUUAGUCAACAACAACAAAAGGGGCUGGCGCGGCCGAUGUCGCACAGAGGCGUGCCGUCAUACUUGGCUCAGAUCGCACGAUGUGGGAGCAAACAACAUAGGAUAAUUAAAUAUAGCAGGGCUCUUUCUAGAACCAGCGUUCCGAGCCUGCAUGGGGUCUUUUAAACUGAAGGAAUUUAAGGCGCCUGGUAAAGAGCAUGUGUAUUUCGGUGGCUGGUAAGAGAUCUAUGGAAGUAGGCGUAUGCAAUGCAUACUGCAAAGGAUAAACGUUUUUUCAAGCCAUCUAUAAACUAGUUCUUAACAGGUACCCAGUAAGUUUCUGUCCAUGUACGUCUCCUAAGAUUAUUGGUGGACCGUUAUCUCGUCUAACAGUUCAUUACCGUUUCCAGCUUGUAACAUCAGUGUUGGCAAGAUAGCAAGGUCAGUGUCUUUCAGUCCUCAGAUUGUUUUAUGCGAUUUUCAUAAUUUCUUUCUUUUCACUGAAACAACCUAACGGAUGCCCCGACGCAUUUUGGGGAUGUUGUAGUUUGCUCUUAAGAGCUGCCUUAUAUUCCGGGCGUUUGUAAGACCUAUGGCUUCUUCUAGGAAAACCAGCAUAGCAUUCUGGAUGCAGCUUGGACGCAGUUGUUCUACCCUUCUUUUUUACUUAUACGCAAUAGUACCCUGCAGGUCCACCUUUCGUGCAGGUAUGUUUUGUUGCUGAUAAAUUAAAAUCCGUUCGGGCAGCACUUCCAAGCAAGUAGUCUAGGAUAUGGUGUCCGAACAAAAACUGCAAACAGCAAGGCUUCUUCACAGCCCAGGUUAAAAUCGUCCCUAAUUACUUCUCCCAUAGGUCUCCACAAUACUGACACUACUUUAAGGGGAUAUGUAAAUCCACAGUUCGGAACGUUAAUAAAUAGAUUACAGUCUGUUCCUUCUAAAUACAUUGCAGACAACAUGACAGUUCGACCGCCGCAUCUGACGAUGUCCACCGUGUGCUCCACAGCAUGGUGGGAGCAGGCACGGUGACUUGUGCGCGAUUUAUUUUGCAGUGAAUGCAGACUUUUGCAGCAUCUACAGCACUCCCUCCGGCUCCCCCACCUGGGCUCGGUGUCAAGACAUGGUCAAGAAAACCGGAAGCAGGGAGGGGGGCGCAGGUGACUGGCAGGGCCGAACACGCACCUUGGUGUUCCACUUCACACAUCCUGGUCCACAGAGCAGAUGAUCUGGAUUUCAGUCAACAACAACAAAGGGGGCUGGCGCGGCCGAAUCUGGCUCGGAUCCCACAGAGUGGGCUCUUUCUAUAACCAGUGUUCCAAACCCGCAUGGGGUCUUUUAAACUUAAGGAAUCCAAGGCACCUGGUAAAGAGCUUGUGUAUUUAGGUGGCUGCUAAGGGAUCUAUGGAAAUAGGCGAAUACAAUACAUACUGUAAAGGAAUAACGUUUUUUCAAGCCAUCUAUAAACUAGUCCUUAAAAGGAACCCAGUAACGUUCUGUCCAUGUACGUCUCCUAAGAUUAUUGGUGGACCGUUAUCUCGUCUAACAGUCGUUUACCGUUUCCAGCUUGUGACACCACUGUUGGCAAGAUAGGAGGGUCAGUGUCCUCCAGUCCUCAGUUCGUGUUCUGCGAUUCUCAUCAUUUCUUACUUUUCACUGAAGCAAAAUAACGGAUGUCGCGAUGCAUUUUGGGGAUGUUGUAGUUUGCUCUUAAGAGUUGCCUAAUAUUCCGGGCGUUUGUAAGACCUAUGACUUCUUCUAGGAAAACCAGCAUAGCAUUCUGGAUGCAGCUUGGACGCAGUUGUUCUACCCUUCUUUGUUACUUAUACGCAAUAGAACCCUGCAGGUCCGCCUUACGGGCAGGUAUGUUUUGUUGCUGAUAAAUUAAAAUCCGUUCGAGCAGCACUUCCAAGCAAGUAGUCUAGGAUAUCGUAUCCGAACAAAAACUGCAAACAGCAAGGCUUGUUCGCAGCCCAGGUUAAAAUCAUCCCUACUUACUUCUCCCAUGGGUCUCCACAAUACUGACACUACUUUAAGGGGAUAUAUAGAUUCAAAGUCCGGAACAUUAGUGAAUAGAUUACAGUCUGUUCCUUCUUAGUACAUUGCAGACAACAUGACAGUUCGACCAUCGCAUCCGACGAUGCUCACAGUGUGCUCCACAGCAUGGUGGGAACAGGCACAGUGACUUGCGCGCGAUUUAUUUUGCAGUGAAUGCAGACUUUUGCAGCAUCUACCGCACUCCCUCCUCCUCCCCCACCUAGGCUCGGUGUCAAGACAUGGUCAAGAAAACCGGAAGUGAGGGGUGGGGGGCGCAGGUGGAUGGCUUGGACGGAUCCGCACCUUGGUGCUCCAAUUAACAUGCCCUAGUCCACAGGGCAGAUGAUCAGGAUUUUAGUCAACAACAACAAUGGAGGCUGACGUGGCCGAAUUUGCGGCCGUCACAUCUGGCUCGGAUCCCACAGAGUGGGCUCUUUCUAUAACCAGUGUUCCAAACCCGCAUGGGGUCUUUUAAACUUAAGGAAUCCAAGGCACCUGGUAAAGAGCUUGUGUAUUUAGGUGGCUGCUAAGGGAUCUAUGAAAAUAGGCGUAUACAAUACAUACUGUAAAGGAAUAACGUUUUUUCAAGCCAUCUAUAAACUAGUCCUUAACAGGUACCCAGUAAGGUUCUGUCCAUGUACGUCUCCUAAGAUUACUUUUGGUCCGUUAUCUCGUCUAACAGUCCUUUGCCGUUUCCAGCUUGUGAUACCACUGUUGUCAAGAUAGGAGGAUCAGUGUCCUCCAGUCCUCAGUUCGUGUUCUACGAUUUUCAUCAUUUCUUUUUACUGAAACAACCUAACGGAUAUCCCGACGCCUUUUGGGAAUGCAGUAGUUUUCUUACGAACUAACUGAUAUUCUGGGAGUUUGUAAGACCUAAGUCUUCUUCGAGGAAAACCAGUAUGGCAUUCUGGACGCAGCUUGAACACAGAUAUUUUACCCUUGAUUUUACUACUAACACGCAAUAUUACCCUGCGGGUUCACGUUGCAUGCGGUUCUGUUUUUGCUGAUAAAUUAAAAUCCGCACGAGCAGCAGCCUAGGAUAUCGCGUCCGAAUAGAAACUGCAAACAGCAAGGCUUGUUUACAGCCACAGUAGGAAUCGCCCCUAUUUACUUCUCCCAUAGGUCUCCACAAUACUGACUCUACUUUAAGGGGAUUUCAAAUUAUCCAGUUAGGAAACUCAAGCAUUAAAAAUGUUUACUAUUCUCACAGAAGUUUUAGCCUACUGCAAGCCCAAUAAAGCAUCAAAAAUGAGCUGCUAAAAGUGCCGUUUUUUCGUUUUUUUAAACAGCGCCAAGAGGCAAUCACGGCUACGACAACGAAGACAGAAGAAUGCAUCCCUUCAUGGUUGCGAGCGGUCCUGACAUCAAGGUUCUCGCGGGACUUCAACAGUUCGAACAGAUUGACAUUUAUCCCUUCAUCUGUGCCUUGCUGGGUCUUCAACGUCCCAACAGGAUCGACGGCCGCCUGGAGCGCGUGAUCCCGUUCAUGAAAACCGAACCAUCGCAUGACUUUAUUACAACGUUCAAGAAAUACGAGAUAGGACUCCUUGCCAUUGACUAA